UGUUAUGAAACGUGUAAUGGAGGAACGUUUCAUUCACGGAAGGCAAAAUUUUGCAGGGGUCCCGACACCAGACCCACAGAUCAGACAUAAUAAUGCGUACCAACUCAAGCCCAGUCAGAAUCAACGGCGAUUUCAAGCUAUUAAAUUAAUGGUUUGUGAUUAAAUCAGAUUAACAGACGAGAAAAACAUAAUCCAAGGCAACCUCGACUGAAUCAGCGCGGGCGAACACAGCGAGGAGUUAAAGUCUUCAAAUAUAAUUAAAUCACUCACAUGCUGUGUGAAAAUCUCCUCGAUCUUUGCAACAGUGCCGUGGACGCCAUUCUGUUAUCUUCGUAAUGAAGUACCUGUCGUGAAUUGUUUCCAGCUAAUCGUUUUUUUUCCUCUUUCGAUCGGCCGAACAAGUCAGAGGCGGUCGCCGGUUCGACUCACACGGCCGGCGUUCCUGGCAUUUAAUGUGCGCUGUGAGAUGCUCAUGGCGCAGAGGCUAUGAGUAUUGAAGUCAUUUUAAUUGUCGACGUCGGAUUUGGGCUCUGUUGGAGAACGGUUUUUUCGAGGUUCCCUGUGUCUCGGAAGAAUAUAAAAGUAGAGUUUCCAUCUGAAGCCCGCAUUUUGAAGUCCGCCCAUUACUGCGCUCUUUGGAAUGAGUGCCAGUCGAUCUUAAGGUGGAGAUAGAUAUGACAUUGUGAUGUUUAUGAUGCGGGGCUUGUGAGGGAGAUGGGAGCUGGAGAGCUUGAUUCGCCUUCACGAUGUCCCAAGGUUUUCUCUGGCAAGUAUGUGCAAAAGCAAGCGCCAUUGUUAUGGAAACUCUUUAUUCUUUUGGUGCUUGGAGUCAGUGGAAUAUGCGUGUGUUUUCUGGGUGUUGAUCAGAGUAUCUCCAAAAGAAAAUCAGAAAAUCUUUCUUGUCCGGAGAACAAGACAAAUCAUGUACAUUGUCAGCAACUUCAUGCUCGUAGUUUUCCUGUCCACUAUCCUCAACCAAUUUCUUAUAGCAGAAAAGAAUGCUCUUGCACUCCUGUACACAAUUUCGUGAUAUUAACUAUGCAAAGAUCUGGAAGUGGGUGGUUUGAGACACUUCUCAAUAACCACCCAAACAUCAGUUCACAUGGAGAGAUAUUUGCAAAUGAGAUCCGAAGGGAAAGCUUUACUUCCAUAAAAAAGGUUUUGGAUGUAGUGUAUAAUCUGGAUUGGAAUAGUAGUGCUUCCAAGAAUGAUUGCACUGCAGCUGUUGGAUUCAAAUGGAUGCUUAACCAGGGUGCCAUGGAAUAUAAUAAGCAAGCUCUGGCUUAUUUCGAAGAAAAGGGGGUGUCCGUAAUCUUCCUUCUCAGACGCAACAUUUUAAGAAGAUACGUGUCCAUCCUUGCCAAUGUGUUUGACAAGGAAGCAAAGCUUCUCAAUGGAACACAUCAAUCUCAUGUACAUUCUAAAGUUGAGGCAGAAAUUUUGGCACAAUAUAAGCCAUUGGUGAACGUGACCUUUCUGAUUGCAUAUUUGCAGCGGAUUCAACAAAUAAUGGAUGAUGCAAUAUAUUUUUUCAACAGCACUCGACAUACAGUAAUUUAUUAUGAAGACAUAAGCAAGCCAGAGAAGAUAACGGGAAUCCUGGACUUUCUUGGUCUGCAACCAAGGGAACUUAGAAGCCAGCAUGUGAAGAUUCACACCAAGCCUCUUUCAGACCAUAUCCAAAACUGGAAAGAAGUUUAUAAACUAUUGAAAGGAACUCACCUUGAACGCUUACUACGAGAUUCUUGAUGUGGAAAUGACAUAAAAUAGAAAUACUAAAAAGGUAACUCUACCUGCUAUGCCAUUCUAGCAGGCAUUGGAAAAAUCUAAUAGUUUUACCUUUAACCUAGUGAGUAAGCUUUGUUUUCAUAAUAAAACAGACAGCUGCCGUGCAUGAAUAGGCGAUGCAUGUACUGUUGUUAAGUGUGUCAAGAAGGGGCAUUGGCUGGGGCCUCUGAAAGGGUCAAUCUGUGUCGAUAUGUAUACCAUUUUACUCAAAAAGUGAUCGGUGGGUGUUUGAUCCUAUUGUAGAUGUAAAUCUGAAGAGUUAAUUCUGUUUUUCUCAAUGUAAAUUUGUUUUGAUCCA